AGGUCAAAGCCAAGCAAUUUUAAUUCGUCAUCCAAACUGUCAUGCAAUAUUUCAUAAACUGUUUAUUCAGUAUCAUUAAAGCUAAAAGCAAAUUAAAAAGUGUGCAAAACCUGUUCUGUUAUAUAGAGUAAAUCUCUCUCGCGCGCCAUUAUUCUAAUAUAUUUUUGUUUACUCCCCUUGAAUGCAAAACAACAUCACAAAAUCCAAACAAAACGUCAAAAAAGACUGAAAACGGAAAAGCCAAGUAUUCUAGUAAUUCAAAGAAUUUAUAUUUUGACAUAGAAUAUUGUCAAGUUAUGAUAGGAGCUUGGAAACAUUGUACUUUAUGAGCUGACGAGAAAUUGAAAUUCACGAUCAGUCGACCAACUCUCGGAYGCAAUAAUGACAAGUUUUUUUGUGCGUUUAAUGUAAAAUCUGCAGGUUAAAAGAACGUAGAAAAUACUAAAACAGUAUCUAAGAAUAUACACAAAAUAGUCCAGACUGAAUUGGUCAAAAUAAGCUGAAUGGUUUGCUUCGUAACAAAUUCCCUUUAUUUUUUCCUGUUUUUCUCUAUAUUAUGGAAGUUUUUUAAUCUUUCUUAGAGAGUACAAAUCAAAACGUUUAUUACUAUGAUUAUAAAGCACAUAAUUUCGCAACAAAAUUCACAAAAAGUGUGGGAUAUUUUCAGUUCAGUUUCUAAACUGAGGGAUUUAUACUCUAAGCCCUUCUCCGCCUCUGAAGUAACGUAAUCCUAACGACGAACGCAUAAAAUUCAAAAUAAAAGCUUUGGAGAGAGAAGAAAAUACAAGUGUAGRUUUUUGAGGCUUGGACUUUGGUUUUGCGCAUAAAAAUUUGAGAAACAGAUGCCUCUUGGCAAACAAGUCGUUAGUGAGAAUUGGAUGGAAGCGAAAGGCCUGUUAAUGACAGUUAGAAGCUCGAUAUAAAUGACUUUACACGUUUUGUAGAUCACUGAUUUAUAAAGUUGAUAAAUCAUUUUUGAGGAUUUUGGGACUCGAAAUCGCACGAAAUAUUACGAAAUGAAAGAAAUCAUGACCGAAAACGCCCACAAAAUCAAUGAAGCGACAAAAUCACUUUCUGAGAGAAAUUAUUUUUGAUAACCAAGCUGUGACAAAAUAAUGGAGAAAUCUUCGUUAUCAUUAAAUGACAUAAAAGAUCGUUUCUCUUAUUGGACUAGCUAUUAUAAUACAGCCCAAGGGAAGGGUUUAUUGGGCCAGUGUGUAUUCUAGUGAUUAAAGAUAGAUUAUCUGGCUAUAUUUGAUUGAUUUGGAGCAGGUUGUGAUCUCACAKGGACUUCCCACUGUGUWACAACGAGUAUUCUUUCAAAACAACGACUCAAAAUGUACUAAAUUAGCCUUUGUCUGUUAUUCUGAAUGUACUGAAUACAAAAAAKCUMUUUAAAACGACUGAAAAACGCCGUUUUGCUCUCAAAUGGUCCACAAAGAAGCUAAAGAAAGCUGACUUGAAUUGAUGAAAAUAAGAUUUCAAGUUCAAGAGAUCUCACCACAGCAUCAUUAAGGACAAGACAUGCCACARCAUUGACCACGAAAUCAAGGUGUUUUCCCGUCAAGAUGCCGUUCAUGAAGGUCAACCUGAAUGGCCGAAAGUACGUCAUAUCAGGCCUUACAGAACAAACAUCAAGUAAAAACAUUCUGUACUCAUUAGCACGUGCCGAUUCAACGUUCCAUCUUGAAACCACAUGCACAGAAUUCAGCGACACAUCCAUGGAAAACGACGAUAGGACUAAAGGRACUCGCAUCAAAAGAACUCGCCGGACUCGAGUUCGACGCAGCUCGACGUCAUCAGUAGAAAUAGUGAAGUUUGAUAAAGAUUGUUUGAAAGGAGCCUUGAAGAACAAAGAAAUUUUGAUAGACUUGGAAAGCUCGGAAUGGAGUGAGGGACAAGGGAGUUUGAAGCACCAACAGAAAUCUUUACUGAAUCUUACUAAAAUCAAUGACAAAACUUCCCACGUGAUAUGUACUGAGUGUCACGCAACACAUCCCAAAAAGGAAAAAUGUGGUGACUAUUGCAUAACGAAGGACACUAACGAACAUUGCACGGAAGGACGAGCAAAAWGUAGUGACUGCGACGAAACRUGCAAAAGUCACGCAAKAUGCAGUCACACUAAAAAGAYGGAAGUCAAGAGAAGGAAGCGGAAGUCACGCAAGCGACCUGUCAGUCAAGACGUGACAGGAUGGAAAGAGACGAAGGAUGAAAAUAAUGAAAAAUCRAAUGAACUCGGCAAAAAAGGAUGGAAAUCUGCCGAUGAUGUACGAGAUCCAACAGAMACACUUUCUUCUCAAAMGCAGAAGAAGAAGAGCCGAGAAGAGAAACACAARCGAAAGCAGAAAUCAAAACAUUCGCACACACACAAAGUCGAUAACAAAUCGCGCAAAAACGACGAUAACACAAUUACCAUAAUCGAUAAUCAAUCGGAGUAUCGUCGCGUCAAACGUCAUGUUCGYAAAGAGCUCGGCGAUUUGCGAAUACAGCAAAUGGUUAGCCGAAAAAUMGACCAACGAUUCGUCGACUUUCACUUGGCUUGUAUGAAGUCCUUCGCGAGCACAAAUCACCAAGGCAACGARCACGAAAUUCGCGCCAAUUUAAUCCAAUUGAUUGAAAGUCAACAAAAAUGUUUGUCAGCGCUGAAAAAGGCAGAGAAACAAAACAAGAAAUCSAUGUCUCGAUAUUCAAAGUAUCUCAAACUCGAACAAGAAAAGAUUAAGUUUUACGGUAUUGCYAACGCUGGCAAACCAAAMGUUGAACGAACGAGAAAAAUGAGUGACACUGAUACUGGGAUAAGCGAGAUGCAUUCCGACAGCUCAGCUGAGCACACAUGCGAAUGCGAAUCCAACUACGUYAUAAGUGACGCGGAUUUCCCUCAAGAUGACGUCGGAAGAACAUCAUCACUAAGUCAUUUUSACRCCAUCACAAAUGAUGACUAUCCGGCGAAAGAUUUUAACUCCAAAAAUGACGUCACUUUGGAAGAUGACGGUAAACCGAAUAUCUCUCAAAAAUCUCCGAAUUAUGUCGUAACAGUAGAUGCUGUAGCCAUCGAUGACGUCACACAUGACGUACAGACAUAUGUGUACGAAAAAGAUGACGACACACGAAGUGAAAUCAUCGUUGCUGAGCCAACAGGUGUCGUUCCACCUGAGACGACUUCUCUUGUUCCUUACCGGUCAGCUGAGUCAAUCAAUAYGAGCACGCUCAGUGAUAACUCGGAGUCAUGUUUCCAUGACAGCGACGACGUUGAAGAGCUGAAGAGGUUGUUAAUGGUGGAGCAACAAAAACAACGAGACAAAAGGAGAACACUUGACCGCCAUUAYGAAGAGAUAAAACURAUGGACAAGAGGAUUCACGAGCACGACAAAAUGGCCGACAUUUUACACAGACUUAAAGACCUCAAUUCRGGUCUUGUUGAGAGCAAGAACACAGAAAACACUGACACAGAACAAGAAAAAAUACGCUUAGAAAAAUCAAUUAAACUAAGCGUAAACUUGUACGAYUACCAAAAAAGUGAGAUCGGCAAGAAUUCAUUGAGCCUGGAGCAAGUUGAAUCACAAGUGAGACGGAAAAGAUGGCAUGUUGAAUCAGCCUUGAGGGAACUGGAACGAGCUAUCUCCASUUCCUCACGKUCACAACUCGAUCGUAUUCGAUCUGUUGAGAAACUACCGGCAUGCCUUGCGGGGCUUUCAAUUGGCAGUGACCUAGCAUUAGAUGGUACAUUAGUAUGAACUAACGUUCACUAUUAAUGAUAUMUAUACUUGAAAUAAAGUUAUAUAAUUUGAA